AUGGUGCGACUCCCGCCCCUCAAGCAGGGGAGUGACAGGCGGAAAUUGGCGGCGCGUGGUCGCAAUACAUCGGUGCCGUUGCAAUCCUCCGUGGGCGCGGCGAGGCGAGCAGCGCCCAUCUACUGGCAGUUGCAUGGGGACACUGCUCCACUCUACCACGGACCGCUCGGUGACGUGGUCGGUGAGGUGCCGUCUGGCACCGUUAUCCGCGAGCUUCAACGCUACAUGGAUCCAUUCGGAAGCUGGUGGGUUGCUUUGAAGGCGUCUGAGGGUGGCACUGUCUGGGCACUUUUGUCGACUGUGAGGGAAAUAGUAACUCAUGACGACUACGCGAGAUGGCAGAGGGUGUAUGAUAAGGGUGUGGUUGCCCAGGGAUCUUCUGAGCCUGACUGGCAGAACGAGGCAGCCGUGCUGCGUCGUGCUGUGAUCCCAGUGGAGGUGAAUUCAAGGGUUGUUCCAUCAAAUGAUGCUGUUCUGCGUGAGCUACGGCUCUUGGAGGAGGGCUGGCGCAGUUUAUCUGCCGUGUGCAACAAGGGACCAAAUUGGAAUGCAGAGUAUCAACGUCUCGUCGAGCUGAUACUGUUUGGGAGAUGGGACCAGAGCGUUUCUGCUAGUGAUGAGUUGCAUACAUUUAUGCGAGAAUUUGUAAAGGCCGCUGAAGAGGCGGCGCUCAAGGUCAUUACAGACAUGCAGCGUCCCCCUUCAGAUCGUGUGACGAAGGGGCCGAUACAUGGCACCCUUGACUCGUUUCUUUACAAUAAUCUUCUUGUAAGGUUUGUCCUUGAUGAUGGAAGUGGGAAUUACAACGGUGACGCAGAUGCAUGGCGACAGGCGUCGCAAGUUAUACAGGCGAUGCGGCUUAUUGCGUUGGAGGGUUCAAAGCGCCUACUUUAUUCCCCGCCAAGUGCUCUGAUUACCUUUUGCGGUUUCCGCUGCCUUGUGAUGGGUAUUCCUCCGCUUGAGGUGAAAAAUAUUGUGCAUCUUGUCUCUCUGAAGGAGCAGGAAUACGCUCUGGACACACCGGAGCUCGUCAAGUCCCAGCUGCAGGAUCUGGGACAGGCGCUUGGUUUGAAGAAGCAAAAUGUGAAGCUGGCCACGGGGGAUGUGAUUCCGGUUGCAAUGCCGCUAGGCAUGCCGGUUGUGGCGGGUCACGAUAAGCGACUGUAUGUCGUGAUCACCUCGCCCUUUCUUCCGACUUGUGAAUUACUUAUUAGUGGCAAAGACAACGCCGAUGGAGCGGCGACGUUGCGUUUUAGGCCCGAAUUUUUGCUUUCAUACGGUAAACCUUUGAGUCCACAUGCUUUUGUGCAUAACGCGGCGAGUCCGGAAGAUAACGCGGAUGUGAUGGAGGCAACAGAGUGGGUGCGGGAUGCGUUGAUCCCUGCUGUAGCGGCAAUUAUUGGCCUUCAUCAGGCGGUUGACGUUCCUCGACAAGACCCAGUGCCGUGUACACUGUGCGCUCGCAUGAUGGAGAAUGAGCUGCGCUUUGUGGUGUGCCGUAGUAUCGACAGGUGCUGUUGUAUUUGCUCCCACUGCUACACACAGCGGUUGUCAGAAGAGAGGAAGAACUCGCGUCUCUUCAGCAAUGCUGUGAAAUGUGGCACCACGGCUCGGGGGCCAAAGGGUCUUUUACUCCAGCCAUCCGUUACCACAAUUUUCCAUGCACAUGGACUCAAUAUGCGUUUCCUUCCAUUUGUUUAUUAUCGUAUUCCGCAGGCGGCCCGUUUUGCCGUGGCACAUUAUUGUGAGGUUGAGAUGAUUGCACGAACCGCGGUGCGGCUGCUUCGAGAAAAGCUCCGCCGCACAGCGCAGGGAGAGGAUGAGGUGAAGACCGUCUGUCAGGAAUUCCUCCUGGGGCUGCUGCAAUCUUCAGGCGCCAAAGCAAAGCAGUUCUGGAAACAGGAGUUGGGUCCCGCGUUGGAGAGUUUGUAUGGUGUGCAGGUGCCCUUUGACACCUCCGAGUUGGAUGUCGAGCUGCUAUACUUCCACGUGGCGCGACUGUCCGGCGUUUAUCUUCACAUGGAGAGCGCUGCCUCGUUUCACACGGAUAAACCAUUCCUGCAACUUGCAGAGGUGACACCAGUGACCAAAACAAUCCAACCUCCGCUAUUGGGGGAUGAGGUCUCGCAUGCAAAGAGGCGAGCUGCACUAAUGCAGCGCCUUGAAGAUGUUCUCCUUUUUUGGAUUGGUUUUGCGGCGGAAGGCAACGACGAUGCUGAGGUAGACUCAACGCAACCAUUUUACCUGUCAGAGGGAGAAAGUGGGAUGCAAGUAACCACCUCCAUGUUCCAUUGA